AUGCCUAAAACAAAGUCUAAAACAAAGUCUAAAACUGACGACAAUCCCGGCUUCGAAAUCACGGAUGCAAAAGGGCCCAGCGUCCCGCCACCAAUUCGAGCCUCGACUCGUCAGGCCGUUCGUGGUAAGCUUCCACCAAUCCCGAAAGCUGCCUCGCCCUCGGGCACGAGCUCCAGCGCCGCGAAUGACAAGAACGAGACAACGCCCUCAACUAGGAAACGCAGGAGGUCAAUUGGCGGUGCCGGACCCUCCGAGGAACCUGACGAGCUCGAGCAGGGCCCGAGCCGCAAGUAUGCACGGUCUCCAUCUUCCUCCAGGUCCCCCGCCAAGAGCACGAAAGCAAAGAAACCCGCAGCCGAGAAGAAGGAAAGCAAAGCAAAGCCGAAGAAAAUCAGCAAGGCCGCAAUGGAGCGAGCCAAGUUGGACGAGGUUCGCAACGAUGAACACUUUGGAAAGCUCGAUUCUGAUACGAUCAAGCGUAUCGCUAAGGCGCACCUCGAGCGAAUGUAUCUUAUCCAUCGAUUCCGCAGAGACCAACAGACGCUUCAAGAGACAUUUGAUGUCAGCGGUUCCACGGGCAAUGUGUACAAGGUCACCGUAGCUCGUCAUGUCAACUGCAGCUGCAUGGACUUCAGCCUGCGCCGUAAGGUCUGCAAGCAUCUUCUCUUUGUCUACCUCAAAGUUUUGCGACUUCCUGGCAGCUUGCCCGUGUACAAGAGCAUCCGUCUGUCCGAGGACCAAGUGGCCCAGGUCUUCGCCAAAGCACUACAGAAUCCUAUCGCCGAGGCUAUGGCGAGACCCGAGCUUCGUAAAGCUUGGGAAACUGCUGUGGGCUACCAGCCUAGCCCGUCCGAUUCCACCUAUGAAGAACCAGCUGCUCCUCAGGGCAAGCGACUCAUCCCCACCGAAGGCGACGUCUGCGGUGUCUGCUACGAAGAUCUCGAACCGGGAAGCGUCGAAGGGCUCGAGUUCUGCCUCAAGUCGUGCGGACGACCGAUCCAUACCGAUUGUCUUCAGACUUGGUUCAACACCAGAGGAUACGAUCGGACCUGCAUUUGGUGUCGAGCAAAGUGGCACGAUUCGGAUAGGCAAGAUACACACGACACCAAUGGCUACGGCAUCGGUCUGGGUCAUCACGGAGCUGUCAUUGACAGAUCUACAGGUAGACAGCUCAAUCUUGCCGCCGCAAUCCAACCAGAACCAGCUCAAGCGGAUCCAGUCGAAGCAGCUCCCACCGAGGCAGCAGCACUUGUUGAAGCCGUUGCAGCCGAGGCCGACACUUCUGGCUGGGACUGA